AUGGACGCGGUCGCCAUCCCUGGCGGGGCGGCCGCGUUGCCGGCCUGGGCGGUGCUGGCGCUGGAGGCCGCGGCUUUCUUUGGGCCAGGCUGGGGCCCAGGGCAGGCGGCCUGCCCAGACCUCUCGUGCCCUGCCUGCCCAGCGUGCCCAGAGGCGGCGGCGUGCGCGGCCUGCCCGGAGGCCGCGGCCUGCCCGGCUUGCGAGCCGCCUCCCUGCGCGGCUUGCCCGGCCUGCGAGCCGCCGCCGUGCGCGGCCUGCCCGGCCUGCGAGGCGAGGGCGUGCCCGGAGGCGUCGGCUGGCGAGAAGGCGGCUGAGAAGCUCGCUGGAGCGCUGCUUGGAGGCCUGGUGCACUGGCUGGUGGCGAAGGUGGUCACUCGCAGGCAUGGCUGGGUCGUCCUGACCCCAGAUGGUGACAUCUACGCUGAGGACAUGAGCUGUGGGGACCCCGAGACUGGGCCUGCCCGAGCCUUCCCGCUGGCACUGCGGACGCGCAAGAUGCGGAGGCUGUAUCGCUUCCGUGAGGAGCUGGGGCCCGACGAGCUGGCCGACGCGUUGACGCGGGGCCGUCAGGCGGCGCUGGAGAUGGACGCUGCCUUGCCUGAGCCGAGGGAGGCCGUGGCCGUGGGCGGCCAGCGGGUCACCUGGCAGGAGGCUGCUGGUAAGCUGUCGGCCGCGGAGCGGGCCGGCCUGCUGCGCCUGGGCAUGGCCGUGGCUCGCCUGGGCGGGAAGCUGCUGGAGGCUCCUGGUGCGGGUCAGGCCUGGAUCGCCCUCAGCGGCGGGCCCGGCGCUGCGAUCGGAACGGAGGUCGACGUGGCGAAUAUCGAGGGCCUGAGCUUCGAGGACGGGCCCGAGCCGUUCGGUGUGCUGAGGGCCGCCGACGGCGGCAUAGUGCCCGCGGCGCCGCUCGAGGAUGAGGAGCCCGCCGAGCCCAUGGGCGGCACGGCUGCGCCCGAGCUGGCGCUGCCGCCCUUGGCGGAGCCGCUGGGCGAGGAGCGCGACGCCGACGCCCGCACGCUCUGGGUCGACUACGACGAGCAGGGCGAGCGGUUCAAGCGAUGGCGGGACGUGGUAGGCGAGUCGAGGCAGGAGCGCUACCCAGACGCGAAGGUGGACGGACCGCCUGGGGCUCUCCACAUGUGCAAGCACAUGGAAAGGCACGGUGGCGACCCGCGCCUCUGGCUCGACCUCUUCAUUCGCAUGAAGGGCCUCGGGCAGAAUGACCGCGCGGUGCACGAGCUGAGGACCAUCGUGGAGGCCUUGUACCAGGGCGGGGUAUAUGACCAGUUGAACAUGGGCGGCCUGAUGAUGGUGGAGGUGUUGACACGCCGCGUGGCCGCAGUGGUGGAUGCCUACGCGGACCCGUCCAAGCCGAGCUGGACGAACGCACGCUUCUUCGAGGAAGUGAGCUCGGUGGAGGACGUCUCAGGGCCAGAGCUCAGGGGCUACGUCCACCGGCGGGCGAAGGAGCAGCACGAGAUGGAGCAGGCGCAGAAUCGGGCGCGCACGCUACGCGGGGCGCCUUCAGAGACAGUCGACGGAGCAGAGGGAGCUGGAGGUGACGCAGCAGGGGCCCGCAGCUUUCUGCCGCUCCCGCUGCUGGGCGACGCAGGCCGCCGAAUUCGCGGCAGGUCUAGCAGGGCGAGGCAGUUCGGUCGUGAGUCUCGGAUUGCGUUGGAGGUCAACGGGAUCGUCGACGCCAUCAACUGGAUGUCGGGGUACGACUCGCAACCUGGCCCAGCCAAUGGCAUGCAGCGGGAUGUACUUGCACGCUUCGAGGGCCUCGUUCGGGGCCGGCAGCCGGACGCCAAGUUGCAGGAGCCGCAGGCGGCCCUCCGGGAGCUGCUGCGGGGCCGCUCGCCAUAUGACGGGCGCGGCGGCCCGACGACGGUCGCCUCCUACAGUGCAGGGUUCGUCAGCAUGCCGACGGACGUGAGCGACUGCCCGCGUCUUGAGGACCUCUUGCCUGGCGAGGCCCUUACCUUCCUGCGGGAGCGCCAAGAGCGCAUGCUACGAGAGUCACCUUUGCCGACCGACGUCGAGCCGUACUUCGACUCGGUCCUCAAGUUCAACCACAAGGAGUACCGCGGCCUGGUGCGUCGGCUGCUGUCAGCUGGCAUUCUGGGGUGGACUCUGACACCGAAAGAGAGAAUUGGGAUGUUCUUUGUGUGGAAGGAUGGGCGGCGCCGACUUCGCCUCGUAGUCGACGCCCGCCGCGCGAACGCCCACUUCAGGGAUCCUCCUGGGGUGGAGCUAUUGAGCAGCGAGGGCCUCGCCAGAAUCGAGGUGCACAUGCCAGACGCGGGCUUCUCGAGUUACGAGGACCUCCGCGCCGCGCUGGAGGCGCAGCAGGUGUACAUCGGCAUGGCGGACGUGAAGGACUGCUUUCAUCGAAUGCGGAUCGAUUCAGCCCUCUCGCAAUACUUCUGCCUGCCGCCUGUCAAGGCUGGGGCUUUCGGCGUGACCGAGGUCGAGGGGACCAAGGUGCAGGCGUCGACGGCCAUCUACCCUUGCUGGCAGGUCCUGCCCAUGGGCUUCAGCUGGUCUCUCUACUUCGCCCAGCGGGCCAACGAGGAGGUAAGCCGCCGCAGCAGCGCGCUCCUCAGGGGGCCCAGUCUGUCAGACCAUGGGCCACCGCUCGUGUUCGCGCCUGGCAGGGCGCCCCAGGAGGUCAGGCACUACGUGUACGUCGACAACUUGGGGGUAUUCUCGCUAUUCUCUGAGCUCGUGAGCGGCGUGAUGAACCAGCUGACGGGCGAGUUCACCGAGCUGAACCUACUGUUGCACAAGGACGAGCUGGCGCCGGGCAUGGCAGUGGCGCUUGGCACGGAGAUCGACGGCAGCCAGUUGCGCACUCGAGUGACCAGUGAUCGGUUCUGGCGCUGCCGCCAGGCCGUGCGGGGCCUCCUAGCCCGCCGCCGUGUCAAGGGCUGGGCCGUGGAGGCAGUGCUGGGCCACCUAACCUUUUGUGGCCUCUGCUCGCGCGGCACCUUGUCAGCUUUCAAUUCAGUGCACGGCUUUGUGCGAGCCCACUAUGACGAGGCGGCCGUGCUAUGGACCGAGGCGCGGCGAGAGCUGGCCGCCUUCAGCUCCCUGAUGUACUUCCUGGAGUCAGAUUGGUGGCUGCCUUGGAAUCCGAUGGCGCAGCAGUCAGAUGCCAGUCUUCACGGCUACGGACUGGCAAGGGCUUUCUGGCCGCAGGAGCUGGUGGAGUCAGUCGGGCGCGUGCCUGAGCGGGCCCGCUUUCGCCGGCGCUGCGCGCACAGUGCUCGAGAGGCUGCGCUCUGUGCAGCUGGCUUCGGUAUGAGUGAGAGUGGAAAAUGGGAACUCAAGGGCCUUCCCGAAGAUGAGGAGGAGCUGGGCCAGUGGGACGUUGUGAGGGACUUCCCGGAGGUGCCCGCCCAGGGGCUCCGCGCAGGCCUGUGGGAGCCCUGUUUCGCGAGAGCCUGGCAGCACCCUGAGGGCAUCUUGACCUUGGAGGCCCGAGCCCUGGUCAGCAGCAUCCAUCGUAUCGCCACCACGGCCAGGCGAGGCGCGAGGCUCGAGACGGGCCGCCGGCGCACGCGGCAGCUGGCGCCGUCUCGCCCGGAGCCUGGCCUGCAGCCGUCAGCCCGCGGCCAGGAGGCGAGGCGCACGCGGCAGCUUGUCCCUGCGCCGCCGAUAGCGCCGCAGCCGCUGCCGGCAGCUCGGCGGGAGCGUCAGCUGGGCGAGUCGGGGCUCCUGAAGACGGCUGUGCUGAGCCGUCCCCUGCCGCGGAGCCUGGGGCGAGUGGUGGAGGACCUGACAAGGGUGCCUGUGCCAGCGGAGCCCGCGAGGGGAGCGCGAGAGAGCGUCGGCUCCUCCGACAGCGGGAGCUCCGAGCCCGAGGUCGUGACCGGCGCCGCGCGGCAGCGCAGGCUCGCGCAGUCGCGGAAGCGCAGGGCCCGCCACUACGGGAUGCCCACCGGCGAGGAGGGCUUCUCUCUCCUGGAGCGGGAGGCCGUGCGAACCCCGACGCAGCGCGAGUACCAGAGGGCCUGGGACGGAUGGCGGGACUUUGCCCGUCGGAGCUGGCCCUCGGUGGACAUCGACGAGGUCAUGAAGAGCAGGGACGACUCCGUGGUAGACUCGGCGUUGGUGAGCUACCUGAACGGCUUGCACCAGGCUGGGACUCACCUCUCCUGGGCCGAGAAGUUGAUGGCUGGCGUCCUGCACUUCAACCACGACUUCUCGCGCAACGGUGCCCGGCGCCUCCCCCGGGGCUGGAGAUGCCUCCGGGCCUGGCGGCGCCUGGAGCCGCCGCGGACGAGGAAGCCGUGGGCGCUGGCGCUGUGGUGCGCAAUGGCGUGGCGCAUGAAGGCCCGUGGCAGCCUCCAGAUGGCGGUGUUCACUCUGAUAGCGGUGAGCGUGUACGCCCGCCCCAGCAGCCUUUUGCUUCUGAAGCCGGCCUGCCUGGUGCCGCCAGCGGCGGGGGCGUGCGAGUUCUGGACCUUGAGGCUCUUCCCGGAGGAGGAGGACCUGCGGGACAAGACGGGCCUGGGGGACGUGUCGCUAGAGUUAGACUCGCCCUGGAUUCGCUUCUUGGACCCCGUGCUGCGUCAGAUGAAGAAGGAGGGACACCCCGAGUGCCUGUGGAACUUCACGUACCCAGAGUACUGCAAGAUGUUCAGCCUAUGCCUCCAGGACCUGCAGGUAAAGGCCAAGCAAAACGUGUUCCUGGUCUGCGAUGCUCAGCUCGCGGACAUCAUUUUGGGUCGCGCCUCGCCGGUCGACUUGCGGGAGCUCGACCACGCCUGA